CCUCUCCUCCGUCUUCUUCUUCCUUCACUCAUCUUCGUCUCUCUUUCUCUGCUUCCUGCGCUUCAAUGGUGGUGAUGGAGGACAGCGCGAGCUGCUUGAGCCAGGCGCACAGUGCCUCGUCUCCGUCGCGGAGGAAGCGCGACGUCUACUACGAGAUCCUGAAUCGGCUCAAGCGCUCGAGCCACGAGGAGGCCAUGAGGCCUGGCUUCGACGAGGAGCUCUGGUCUCACUUCGCUCGCCUUCCUACUCGGUACGCUUCGGACGUGAAUGUGGAGAGUGCCGAGGAUGUGCUUAUGCACAAGAGAUUGCUGCAACUGGCUCGCGAUCCGACUAAUAGACCCGUAGUUGAUGUUCGCCUUGUACAGGUUCUUCCCACAUACGAAUUGCAUACAAUUGAUUCUGUUCAUUCAGGUUCUCCUAUUAAAGGCGAGGAUGGGAUUUCAACAUAUUACUCCAGCAGGCUAAGCACACAUCCUCCACCUGCAUUUGGAUCAUCACCCAAUCUUGAAUCACUUGCUUUAGAAGGUAGUGAAUCUCUUCAAAAGGAUGGAGACGACUCUAUUCAUGCCAAUGGACAAUUUUCUCGAGCCAUGCACGAAAUAACUUUUUCAACUGAAGAUAAACCGAAGCUUCUCAGUCAGCUGACUUCAUUGCUUGCUGAUGUGGGUCUCAAUAUCCAAGAAGCACACGUGUUUUCUACAAUAGACGGUUACUCUUUAGAUGUCUUUGUGGUUGAUGGCUGGCCUUAUGAGGAAACAGAGCAGCUCAGAAUUGCUUUGGAGAAGGAGGCUUUGAAGUGUGAGAAGCAUGCUCAGACAAAAUCUCAUGCAUCAUCUCAUUCAAGCAAUGUGGAGCAAACAGGAAUAAAGACGGAGCACGAUCACUUGUCAAUUCCGAAUGAUGGAAUCGACGUUUGGGAGAUUGGUUUAAAUAAUUUGAAGUUUGAGAAAAAGGUUGCAUCAGGAUCUUAUGGUGACUUGUACAAAGGCACGUACUGCAGCCAGGAUGUGGCCAUUAAGGUCCUCAAACCUGAGCGUCUAAAUGAAGAGUUGCAAAGCGAGUUUGCACAGGAAGUUUUUAUUAUGAGGAAAGUUCGACACAAGAAUGUUGUACAAUUUAUUGGAGCAUGUACCAAGCCGCCAAACUUAUAUAUUGUGACAGAAUUCAUGUCAGGUGGAAGUGUGUAUGACUAUCUGCAUAAGCAGAAAGGUGUCUUUAAGCUUCCUAUGUUGCUUAAAGUAGCUAUUGAUGUCGCAAAAGGAAUGCAUUACUUGCAUCAGAAUAACAUUAUUCACAGAGAUUUAAAGGCUGCCAAUCUUUUGAUGGAUGAGAAUGAAGUUGUUAAGGUAGCGGAUUUUGGUGUUGCCAGAGUGAAAGCUCAAUCAGGAGUUAUGACUGCUGAAACUGGAACAUAUAGAUGGAUGGCCCCAGAGGUCAUUGAACACAAGCCAUAUGAUCACAAGGCCGAUGUUUUUAGUUUUGCUAUUGUAUUAUGGGAGUUACUAACUGGAAAGCUACCAUACGAGUACUUGACUCCAUUACAAGCAGCUGUUGGAGUGGUUCAGAAGGGACUCCGGCCUACCAUACCGAAACACACUCACCCAAAGCUUGGUGAGCUACUGCAGAGUUGCUGGCAGGUGGAUGCACAGAUGAGACCCGACUUUGUUGAUAUAAUCACAAUCCUGCAGCAAAUGUCCAAGGAGGUUGCGGAAGAGGGGGACGAUCGGCGCAAGGAGAAGCCCGGUAAAUUCCUGUCUGUCCUCUGGAGAGGACAUCAUUGAAUCGCAGGAGCAAAUGCUCACCACUGUCAACUAGGCUUUUUAUUUUCUUCUGCAUAUAAGAUCUGUACAGUUCCAGUAAGCUGAAAGGAACACGCGGUACAU